AUGCAGACCCUAGGUGUGAGAUACGCUUCGUCCUUUGGAGGGGCUAUCGAAGGCCUGUGGUUCUCAUUCACAGAGACCAUCAGCUCUUUAACCUGGGGGCCUUUCCUCACUUUCUGCAAAUCACAAGUUUUAAGAGCCCUGAGUGGUAUCAAUGCUGGCCAUCUCACGAUAAUAGAUGGAGACGAUGUGUACGAAUUCGGACCAGAAGAAGCACCUUAUGCCUUCCUGCGUGUUCGAUCAGGUGAAUUUUGGACGAGGAUAGCCCUGUUUACAGACUUGGGUCUCGCAGAGUCCUUCAUGAGUAGCAUCGUCGAUUGUGAUGAUGUAUCGAAACUAGUCAAGAUGCGCUCAAAGCAACAAUUCAAGUACGGCUUCAGGUUCCCCGCUUUUCUAAGCCCAGACAUGAACUAUUCGUCCGCCAUCUUCUCCAAGAUCGAUGCAGAUCUCACUGGGGUUCCUGAGGAUACACUAGAAGAUGGCCAGAUGCGGAAAAUGAGGAUGAUCCUGCGAAAAGCUGACAUCCGACCAGGAGACCGCGUGCUUGAAAUUGGAACGGGCUGGGGAUCACUAGCCAUUUUAGCAGCCACCACUAUCCCAGGAUGUACCAUUGACACCGUAACCCUCUCUUCCACCCAAGCCACAUUUGUAAGGAACCGUAUCGGCGAAGCUGGGCUGUCAGAUUCCAUCGUAGUACACGAAAUGGACUUUCGCGAGUGCUACCUCCAACAGGAAUGGGCUGGAACCUUUGAUCGUUUCAUCAGCAUAGAGAUGAUCGAGCAUGUGGGUAGGGACUUCUUGGUUGAGUACUGGAAGGUAGUCGAUUGGGCAAUGAAACCGGAUACUGGAAUGGGUGUGGUGCAAUUGACUACCUUUCCGGAAACUCGAGGCGAGGAAUAUAACUCGGAAGGUGCUGAUUUUAUACAGAAAUGGGUAAAUUGUUUCACUCUUCUCGUCCAUCUGAUUCUGACUGGAUCUUCGGUAGAUACAAUACUAGUGGCUAAGAGGUUACGUCCCUCAGUUUUUCCUGGAGCGUACCUUCCCACUCCAUGUAUCCUCAUGGAGACUAUGAAGACAGGAAGCUCUGGAUGUCUUACGGUCGACUCUAUGGUCAAUAUCGGGCCGCACUACGCACGCACAUUGCGCGAGUGGAAAAGAAACUUUUUAGAUGCCUGGGAGGAGACGAUAUCCCCUGCUCUUGUCCGCAAGUACAAUCUGACUGCAGCUGAGCAGGAAGUCUUCCGCAGGAAAUGGAUUUCUCUUACUGCGAAGCAGGGUUUUCUACCCGGAGCUUGGGGGAUCAUAUUGUGA